AUGAAGAUCGUCGACGCAGUUUUCGAUGAUCAAGGUACGGUCGCCACCCUUGCCAGCCGCACGGAGUUGAUGGAUUUGGACGAAUGGAAACUGGCACAAGCACGUCACUCUUCUUAUUUCAGUACGUACCAGCUAUUCUUCUCCCACAACAGCUCACACUGGCACCAAGUUCUGCCUGAUACGACACCAUCUCAUAACGUCGUAAGACCUUCUGCUGGUCUCCAAUCGCGUCGAUUUCGACUUGCGUCAAACCCAUCGUUCCCACAACCAGGGCAGGCCCCUGAAGUCCUGCAGUUAUAUCUCCAGUGCCUCGACCGCCUUGAUAUGUUAGAGUGUCGUGUGCACGAGGAAAUCCAGGAAAUCCGGAGCCUCUUUAGGAAUAUCCUUGACAACUGCCAGUCAAAUGUCACCAUGGAGGAUUCUGGCGGAUGUGAUAGCACCGUCAACUCCCAAGCUGGGCUCGAUGGUCUCAAUGCUAUUACACCAUUUGGAUAUUCGCACGACCGCUACUUCAUGCCACAACCUACACCCCAUGCAUCGUCCGGGGUCGUGGAAUCGCUAUCAGAGAACAUAGAAGGCUCAUUAUUGCUCGAUGGCACCCACGGUUUUGCCAACUAUGUAGCGCCUCAGCACAGCAUGUACUCUGAGGGCUUUCCGGCAUUCUGUGACCCGCGUAUCACGGAAUCAUCAUUCGAGUCUGAGGGUGUGAAAUCUCGCCUCGGUUUCUCGCUCCAUGGCACGAUCGACUCCAUCUAUGAACCUGCUGCGCAACCCUUCCAAAGCGUUUAUCUCGAGGAGCAUGUCCCAUCGGAUUCUUUAGUCGGACCCGACGCGCAGCUGCCUAUCUCAAGCGGUGUUAUUAUCUCUGAAUUCAAAUUCUGCAAUGGCUUAUGCCCAAUCGAUCCGGUAAUCAAAGAAAGUGCAGCUAUCAAACCUACUACGGGAUUCGGGAAGCAGUACCGUGACGGGCGACAGAUGAAUACUCUUUCCGCGUGGAUUUUCAGCCUGAGUGUGCUGCCUAAGAAAUGGCGGAAAGUCCAACCGGAAACAGAGACGUCGGGCGCGACACACCUGGAUGUAGGCUCCAAUGAUAAUGAACGCCCGGUCGGCCUUACUGUGAAGGUCGCGAAGGAAUUGGCUUAUGCUACUGUCCAGGGCAGUUUCGGUGACGUAUGGAAAUGCAUGGUCUCAGACAAAGAUAAUAAUGUGGAGCUCGACUCGAAGCCUGAUGCCAUCAAGAAGCAACAGCUGAGUACCAAGCCGAUGCGCGUGAGCCCCAAGAUCACGGCGCGGAAUAUUUGCGCCCUCAAGUGGCAAUCGAACGGCAAUCAAAAGGAACCAGCAAGCGUCUUCGCGACUUACUGGAAUGGGUUAAUGGACGACUUCUGCAAGUGGAAACUACUGUGCCAUGAAAACAUUCUUUCCUUGUAUGGGAUUACCUAUGGAUUUGGUCCAGUACCAGCUAUCGUAUUUCCAUGGAUGACCAACGGAUCCUUGAGCACGUAUCUUGGUAGAAACUAUGACAGUCUCUCUGGGACUCACAAGUUCGGUUUGCUAGCUGCUGGUCUUCAAUAUCGUAUACCACGUCAUUUGUGCAUUGCAUUAAGCUCACCAAGACUAGAAAGUGAUGUUUACUCAUUUGGAUGCAUCCCAUACCAGGUUUCAUCGGGCAAGCAGCUGUACUAUAACAUUCGCAGUGAUCACCAAGUGGUUGUGGCCAUCCUCAAUGGUGUCAAGCCUAAGUGUCCAGACAUCCCUGCUAUCGAAGAUUGUCACUGGAACUUUAUUGAGCAAUGUUGGGUUGAGUUAUCACAGCGGCCUCCUAUUGCUGAUGUCCGAGAUUUAAUGUAUCACUAUAGAGAUGCUAUGUGUUAA